UCCUUUUGUAACAGUAAUGGAGAAUCCUAUGAGCAGCUCAUCUCCCCCUUCACGCAUUCAAGAGGACGAUGGCUCGAAGGAGAACACCGAUGUGCCCUCGGGGGUAAAUCAUUCCGAAGGCUCGUGCUGUGGCAGUGCCUCCCAGUCUGUCAACCACCCCGAUUUUGCCGCCGAAGACGUCUUGCAAAGCCAACUGUUGCGCAACGAGCCGUUUAACGCAGCUGAAAAUAGCGAGCUGAGGACAGAGGAGGAGGUUCUGUAA